AUGUCUACCAUAACUUUACCACCGCCAGCGUAUACCACAACCCAUGGAUACGCGGACCAAGAAGAACGCCCUAUUCCUCAAGAGGACCAAUAUGUGCGACACUUAAUCAACGAUUCUUGUUUCCUCUGCGGGGCUUCAGCUCCCCAGCCUGUGAUCCGUUAUGGAGGCAUGCGACAGCUCCGACAGCAGGUCAACCGGACUCAGCACCUUGUAUCAUCUAUCAAGAACCAGACAAAGGCCAUACUGGAUGAGCGAUCACUGGAGGCCAAGUCAUGGAAGGCAAAAUACGAGAAACUUGAGGACGAGUUGAAGAAAGUGCGGCAAGAAGAAAACGUCCGCAAGGCUGAAUACCAGAAUCUCAAAAAGGAGUGUGCCCAAUUGCGGCUGAGAAAUGCACAGCUAAGCUCUCUAGAAGGUGAACACAAAAAAGCCAAGCGGAUCCUCUCUCUCAAUGACAAUGCAGUUCAAGCUGAAUUGCAUGAUAUGCAUCAACAGAAUCGGCAGCUAUCAUUUAAACUGCGGGAAAGGCUGGUGGAAGUCGAGACGCUUGAGAGGAGACUCCUGGAAGAAGAAGAUGCGAACAAAGUGUGGAAGUACAAGUAUGUAGGCUCCCUUUAG